AAUACAUAUAUUCGUCCCGGUAUCGGAUCCGUUACGAAUACGUUGGCGCGAUGGUGCCGGGUGGUGCGAAACAGUACUGACCUCCCCGCAGUCGGUGCUGUUCUCGGUGUACCCGCACUGCGUUUGCCGCCGUCAGGACCGAACGCGAUGACAUUUUACCGGCCCGUGUGGAUGUGCGGCUACCUGCUGGGCGUGUUCCCGUACACCGUGGAGGCGGCGUCGUCGUCGUCGAAACGGUUUCGCCUGCACUGGUUCGGCGUGACCAUGAAGACCGUGCACGUGCUGCUGUUCUGGUCGUCCGCCGGCUCCGUGGGCAAAAUGUUCUACCGGGAACUGGACGGCCACCACCAGCGGCUCAAGAACAAACUGUUCACCACGUCGCCGUUGAACGUCGACGAGCUGUACAUGUACAUGGCGCUCGUGUCGCUGGCCACCACCGCCGCGAACCAGCUGCAGAUGGCGCUACCCUCGGUGGCCACGCUCGCCGGCGAGUGUUUCCUGCAGCCGGACCACUGCGGCGCGUACGCGGGCCACCGCGGCUACUGGUUGUCCACUUCCGCGUACGUCGGCGUCGCGCUAAUCGUCUACGAGUUCAGCAUGUACUUCGUACUCGUCGUGGUCAGAUACAAUGAUCAAUACUUCAUUUGUCUAUUUUCGUUAUUAUCAAACAUCGUUUGUAUUAUGGUUGAACAAUAUUUCUAUAUUAUGUGUUUGGCAUUGUACCUUCGACUUCAACAUCUCCACGAAGAUAUAACAAAUUUGGUUCAUAAAGCCGAAUAUCCGAGGUGGAAAUGUUGGGUAAGUCCUACAGUUGGAGGUCCGACAUGUUUAGGAAUACCGGCAUUUAGCAUGUCAGAUAUUCGAAAUUUAAGAAAUAUACAUUUAAAAGCAAUGGAAUUGUUUUGGCACAUAAAUUACUCAUUCCAAUUACCGCUGUUAUUAAAUUUACUCGAUAGUGGAUUUCGUAUAGUUGUCUAUACGUCUGAGCUAGCAUACUAUUUGACUAAUGCAAUAUGGAACAAAAACAUCACGACAAAUUAUGGAAAAACGUUAUUGUACUCUGGAUAUUGUUUAAUUCGAAUUAUACGGCUAUGGUACAUACAUUCGUGUGAACAUUAUAUAACAAAAAAAAUUAUACCUAUACGGAUUUCAUUGAGCUGGCUCACAUUAGCAUUAAAUCCAGUCACUAGCAGGAGAUUAAUGCCAGAGGAAAUGAUGGCAAUUCCUAAAAACCUUAGCAAAUUAUGUCAUUGUCUGGAAAAUGUUAUCAUUGACUAA